GAGGCGGGGCCAGUAAGCUGCCGUUGCCGUCUGGCGCAGGAGGUAACGGGUGUGAGGAGUGUGGUUUUGUUGUACAGCCGCCACCGCCAUCAUGAGCUAUUCAGGUUAUGGAAACUGGAACUCUGGCACAAAUAGAGGUUACGAGGACUAUAAUUAUGGAUAUGGAUACAGUCAGGAUAACUCUGGCAAUUAUGGGUAUGGUAUGGCCACUUCAAACUCUUGGGAAAUGCCUAAUUCAGAUACAGACAUGAACUAUAACGCACCCACUGGCACCAGUGCUGAUGUAAUAACAAAAUUUAACAAGCGCUUAGAUGUGUCUCAUCUAGAAACUGACACGAUGCAAGGAGGACAUUAUGGCUCAGGUGGAGACAGGUAUGAUACAUAUGAGUCCUACGACUCAAGGCCUUCACUAAACGACCGUGAUCUGUACAGAUCCGGCUAUGAUUACAGUGAAGCUGAACAUGACACCGACAAUGCCUAUGAAGGCCACUAUGACAACUCCUAUGGGAACCGCAGGGAGCAGUACCACAACAGAGCACGUGACAACUUUGGCCACCGGGGUCAGAACUGGGCCAGAGACAGGCGAAAUAACAGACCCAUGGCUUCUGCAUAUUCUGGGCGCAUGGGCGGACAGUGGAAUGAACCGCCAGUGCCAAUGGGAGGACGGGGCCAUGGCCCCAAUAGGCCCCCAUCCCUUUUCUCCCACAAACUAUUCCCUGAAUACAACAUGUUCCAGGGAAUGCGAAGUUUCUCUGGCAACAUGCGCUUUGGAGGAGGCGGCAUGAAACAACGAAUGAGGAGAAACUGGAAAAUGUGGGAUGCAGAUUUUAAAAAAAAAAGAAUAAAGAAUGAGCCUACUGCUAAUAAACGAAAACAGGCUAACAGUUCUGAUGAGCCUGACAGUAAGGCAGCAAAAACUGAUGGCUCUGACAACUCUGACUCUGAUAAUGAAGAGGGCCCUGAAGGAGAAGCUGCUGAGAAGGGUUCUAAAAAUGAGGGAGAGGGAGAAGGAGGUGAAGAUGAGGAAAGAAAAGGAGACUCUGAGAAAGGAGCUAUGACCAUUCAAGAAGAGAUCAGUCAAAUCAAGCGCAAAUUGCAAGCUGGUAAGAAAACUCAGGAGAGGCAAAAAAAGAGGUAUCGUGAUCGGAUGGUGGAAAGGAUUCAGUUUGUAUGUUCGUUGUGCAAGUAUCGCACUUUCUAUGAGGAUGAGAUGACCAACCAUUUGGAGAGCAAAUUCCACAAGGAACAUUUUGCAUUUGUUGGAACCAAGCUGCCACAGCAAACAGCUGACUUCCUCCAGGAGUAUGUUGCUAAUAAAACAAAGAAGACAGAAGAACGUCGUAAAGCAAUUGAAGAUAUUAAUGCAGUUAUACAACAGAUCUACAAAGACCAAGAUCUUACCCAGGACAUUGGUAUGGAACAUUUUGUAAAAAAGGUGGAGGCUGCUCACUGUGUUGCUUGUGACCUCUUCAUUCCGAUGCAGUAUGGAAUAAUCCAGAAACAUCUGAAGUCCCUUGAUCAUAACCACAACCGCAGAGCUAUGAUGGAACAGUCAAAAAAAUCAUCAUUAGUAGUUGCAAGAAGUAUUCUUAACAAUAAACUUAUCAGCAAGAAAUUGGAGCGAUAUUUGAAGGGGGAGAAUCCCUUCACAGAUGAUCCUGAAGAGAAAGAGGAACAUGAGGAAGGUGAGGCAGGAACAAGUGGAAAUAUGGAGGAGGGAGCAGCUGAAGGUGAAGAAAACAAGGUUGAAGAAGAAACCAAAGGUGGAGACAAUCUGGCUGAGGAAGACGUAGUUGAAGAAGGUACUGCAGAAAAAAAAGGAAAUGAUGAUCAAGAACCACCAUCAGGACAAAUGGAAGAGCAGAAUUUGAACACAUCCCAGGAAUCAUUUGCUGCUGAGCAGGAGCAAAAAUAUAAUGAAGAAGAAGACAAAGAAAAAGAAGAAAGAAAAGGAUUCAUACCUUCAGAGGAUAUGGAACCACCUGAUGAGUGAAGUUGCACAGAAGGUUGAAGCAUUUUGAGACUCUGCAUUAAAACUUUUUAAACCAUAACUGUAUUUGUGACACUACAUGGCACGCAGCUUUGUUUCUCAUUGACUACAUUUUCACCUAGUUACAGCACUUGAAAGCCUUUAUCUGUAAAGUGUUUUUGGAAAUAGCUUUUUUUAACCAAAUCUUCAUUGUAUUAGCUAGGUUUUGUGCAGUACAAUUUUUAGGUGGCUUUAUACUAGGAAAAUACCCCCCUUUUGAGUAAAUAACUCAAAACCAAAUUGUGUUAAUUGGCUUACAACUUUGGGGGGAGUUAAUUGUCCUCUAAUUUUCUCUCCCCCCCCCCUUUAACUUUGUAUAUAGUUGAAGAUGUUUUUGUUCCCUAGCCAGCCGUGUCUGGAUAUGUCAGUAGCAGAAUUCUGGGUUUUAAAUUCUGCACGAUUGGAGUAACUUCCAUGCAACUGUAGCAUUCUUCUACUCUACCUUUUUACUUUUAAUAUGCAGAAGUAAUACUUGGGGGUCAGCACAAUAGUUUUUCCAGUGCUUUUAUUUAAGGAUGUAUUCUUCUGGUGGAUUGAGAUAAUAUUAGGAUUACCUGUACAUGUGGGUUUUUGGAAGAAGCAGCCACAUGAAGCAUGUGGAGGAAGCCUCAAAAAGGGAUAAAUGCAUCCCAGCACAUUCAUAAAAGGCAAUUCAGCAUUGCUCCUUUUGAGUUUUGUCCUGAUGUUGUUUAGGGGACAUCAUUUAUGCUGCUUGCCUUAGAUUGCUAUUCUGUAAAUGAAGGCUAUGGUAGCCCAUAUGAAAGAUGAAGAGUGUUACAGAAACAUUAAAUAUUCCCUUCAAUGCA